CGACGAAAGCCUGUCGAUUUACUUCCGUUACGCUUAAACUACAGCGGCUGCUAACAGAAACAUGUCUGAAAGAAACAUGGAGGAGAAAGCUGAGCAAGCUACAAAUAGUAAAAAUAUAUCUCUGCCUAUGUCGAGGGUGCGAUUAAUCAUGAAAAGUUCUCCCGAUGUGUCCUGUAUUAACCAGGACGCCCUUUUCUUGACAACAAAAGCAACGGAGCUUUUUGUCCAGUACUUGGCUCUUUCCUCAUAUAAAAAUGGUUCCGGUAGAGAGACAAACACACUGUCAUACAGUGAUCUGGCCAAUGCAGCAGAGGAGACAGAAACAUUUCAGUUUUUAACUGAUAUCCUUCCUAAGAAAAUCCUGGCCAGAGAUUAUCUGAAGUCACUGGAAGAAAUGGAAAAAGAUGAUGACAACCUGUAGUGAUGAAUAGCAAGUGGUUCUGACCACUUCCUCACUAGAACAGUGGAUAAAAUCAUAGGACAUUCUUACAAAUCAGGACAUUUCACCCAAAGAGUUGUUGUUUUAGAGAGGUAACGUGCAUGUUUUACUUAUGUAGUUGUGUGUUUUAGCACCCACUUACACUAUGCUGUUUGAAAAAUAUCCAUUAGUCACUGCAGAUUCACAACUGUGGUGUUAUAUUACUAUUUGACACCAUGAUUUGUAUGUUUAGGGAUGAUUUUUUUUCAUUCGGCCGCAACAAUUGAAACAUCUAUACAGUCCAUUCCGUUCAAUGUGAAAUUAGACCUUGCCUAUGUGUCUUCAAAAUGAAAUUAUAUUUCUCAGGGUUUAGUGUAGGUAUAUUCGAUGGCCACUGAUGCUUUAACCACUUCACCGCUGAGGAUAAAAAUACACUCGAGUCGACUGCAGCUGAAGAUUUAUAUAAUGCACUGUAUAGUUUUUAAAUGCUUGAACAGUUUGAUUUUGUAUUCGAAUAAAUGCAUUUGCUGAUUA